CAACUCUGAUAGGCCAGAGUCUCAGUUCAUGCUGGGACACGCCAAGGCCAAACACCCGGACCUGGGUGCUCGCGGUAGCAGCUACAAGGAAAGGGGCCCCGGGCUGGGUGUACCUAGGUACUUCUUUGCAUGCUGCUGGCGGGACCCGACCUUGCGCCGCGCUAGGUACCACUCUGCUGCCCUGCCAGAAUUGUGAGAGGUAGGGGUAAUUGUGAAUCGCCAAGUUGUCCUCCCAAAACGUCUCGCGAAACCAGAACGGAAGCUUCCAUUUCUUUGCUUGAAUCCUCUUCAAACUCCACAUUCGCUCAUCGCCAUCCCCGGGAAAUCCGCAGAUCGAUCGCAAUGCAAUUCCUCACAGCAGCCAAGCUGCUGCUCUCGGCCAGUUUGUUCGGCGCCGCCGCCGCUCACAACAUCGUCCUUCCCGCCCACGGCCGCGAAUGCUUCCACGAGAACCUCCAUCGCGAUGACAAGAUGACGGUGACCUUCCAGGUCGGCGACCGCGAGUUUGGCAGCGCCGGUAACCUCGACAUCGAUUUCUGGAUCACCAACCCCCUAAACCAAUACGAGACCUUUGAAAAGUCUAUAUCCAACGGCGAUUUCUCGUUCGAGGCCAAGCACGACGGCAAGUAUGUGUAUUGCUUCGGCAACGAGCACUGGGGCGCCAACACCAAGGAGGUUUCGUUCAACGUGCACGGCAUCGUGUACAUUUCCGAGGCGGACGCGCCCCAGGACCCACUCGAAGUUGAGGUGCGCAAGCUGUCGGAGAUGUUGGAGAUGGUUAAGGACGAGCAGAGCUACAUUGUCGUGCGCGAGCGCACCCACCGUAACACGGCCGAGAGCACCAACGCCCGCGUCAAGUGGUGGAACCUGUUUAUCGUUGGCGUCGUGGUGGGCGAGUCCCUGUUCCAAGUCUGGUGGUUGAAGAGGUUCUUUGAGGUCAAGCGGGUUAUCUGAACUGGACCCCGAUACUGCCUCCCCAUCGGAUGGAAUACUCCCCCCCUCAUCAAUAACAACAACAAUUUCAUAAUACUUAAGCCGCUUUAUUCGACAAGUUGCUUUGGGAACCAUUCAUAUUUGGGCGCUUGGAAUGGGUCAGCCGGAUGGGGAUACGAAAACAAAUGAUAUGAUAAUGGAACUGCCUACUACAUGACGACGAAAAUCUAGCGUGUCUCACGCAUGUGAACUAUGUAUUCAAGAUGUCCCGAUGAAAGAUGUCUUCCAUUCGUCGAUU